UGUAGCCGUGGUGGUGACAGGAGCAGGUGGGUUCGCGGAGUGUCUGAGCGGGAGGAAAACAAACAAACAAGAAGAGGCUGUUUAAUUCCGACGCCGCCGGUUGACGCGGGAUGGGUGUUAGUGUGGAGGCGCGAGCCGGGCUGUGUCGUGCUUACUAGAGUCUCUGCACCACAUUCUUUUGAAGUUUUAAACAUGGCGUCGUCUGACAUGCAGGUGAAAGAACUGGAAAAACGUGCUUCUGGCCAGGCAUUUGAACUGAUACUGGGUCCUCCUUCAAAAGAUGCCGUUCCAGAGUUUCCCCUUUCUCCUCCAAAGAAAAAAGAUCUCUCGCUGGAAGAAAUUCAAAGGAAGCUAGAAGCCGCAGAAGAAAGGCGCAAGUCCCAUGAAGCUGAGGUGUUGAAACAACUGGCUGAGAAACGAGAGCAUGAGAAAGAGGUGCUGCAAAAGGCGAUUGAAGAAAAUAACAAUUUCAGCAAAAUGGCAGAGGAGAAGCUGACCCACAAAAUGGAAGCGAACAAAGAGAACAGAGAAGCACAAUUGGCUGCUAAGAUGGAGCGCUUGAGAGAGAAAGAUAAGCAUAUUGAAGAAGUACGGAAGAACAAAGAAGGAGGCAAAGAAUCUGGUGAAAAUGACAGCGACUGACUUCAUCCUGAAAACUGACUUUCUCCCCUUUGUUGAAAUAUCCAAAGACUGUAUUGGCCAGUGUUUUUGUUAAGUUCCUAGAAAACUGAUGUAGAACUGUAUAGUUAGAUCCAACUGUACAUUUACUUUGGGGAACGAGAGGGGAGCCCUUUCAUGUUCACUCUUUUUCUAAACUGUUGUCUUUCCAGUGUAGCUAUCUUGUUGCAUUUCUUCUAUUCCAGUGCAUUUUGUUCCUGGAUUGAUGGCUAGUGCUGUAUCCAGCUGGCAUACUUGUGAACGGAAUAUGUAGUGUAAUGUUCAUGCUGAAUCUGUUACACUUCAGUAUCUGUCAGUCUUACAAUAUUACUGUAACCAAGUGACUUAAAUAAAGCUGCACACUGCUAUUAUCACAGGUGACUGUUUCUGAAGCUAGCAUGACACAUACUUAACAUGCAAUUCAAGCAUAGCUAUGGCUGAAAUAUAUUGUUACAAUAUUGAAAUGCCUGCAGACAAAAUUUUUGUUUAAUGGCUAGUAAGUCCACAGUAGCCUUUUUUGUCCCCUUAGAGUUGUGCCUAUUGUCCCAAUUCUACAAUAGACCUUUGUCUUACACCUCAGCAGUUGUCAGCUGCUGUUUUGCUGAAACCAUUCAGAACCACCUCCCUCCAUAGAUGUGUUUGAAAUUCCAACAAAUAACUCCUUGUUAACAUGCAACUGAUCUGACCUUGAAAGCAUUUGCUUUAACUUGAAAUUUCAUUUGGAAUGUUAAACUUGUCCAUCAUACUGUAAGCAGUUAAUGUUGGAAGUAGUACCUUAGUAUCAAGUACAUGGAAUAAAAACAGGCUUGGGUGAAGGAGUAAGGUUACAUAUUCCAUGACUGCUAAAGACUUUCGGAGCAGAUAAUAUGUUCCGGUUAAAAUAAUAUUGCAGUUCAGUUUAUUUAACUGAAGUAAUUGGUGGUACCCUAAUUGCAUUGUUGAGGUCCCUGGGCUGAUCUGCAUAAUUCCACACACACAUACUAAGAUUUUCAGGACCCCUAUAGUUGUACAGCUAUUUUACAGUUCCUUUAUAAAAUAGCUCAAGGUUUCAACCUUUGUGAGGAAGAUAUUCUAACCUUUGGAUGGAUUUAAAGGAAUGAUGUCAAAGUAGUUGUAUGUGCAACAUAAGCUGCUUGGGCUUCUAUUAGUUUGGUAGCUAAAUAGCUCCACCAUGUGGCUUAAAGGGGAAGUUAUUAUAUACCACUGCAUACUAGGACUGAAAUGUUAAGAAACAGCAAUACUCAACUUUCUACAUAAGUAGCUAACUGCUUUGGGAAUCUACAGAAAAUGACUGGCAACUACUUGUAAACUUUAAUUUGAGAGCUUCCGCACCUUCCAGCUUUAGCAAUGUUUGUCAAAAUAGUAUGGUGCUAGAUUCAGUUUUUUGGUAGUAGAAAUGUGAAACUACUUCCUGUGCAUGCUUGAUUUUGUUCAAUAUAUCAGCAUAUUAAAAAGUACAACUGAAUGCAUCUCUGUAACAGACUGAGUCAGCCAACAAUAAAUACACUUAAAUAAAA